CCAGUGUCGGCAGAAAAUAAGCUCGCCCAAAGGUACCCUCGACUGCAGUAGCCCGGCAUCCGUCGGCGCCGCGGCCAGGGUUUCGGAAAAGCACAAAAGCGGUGUGCUUUUAUUACGUCCGUUCGUUCGCGAGCUCGCGAGCAUUGCGUCGGUACGAGAUCCGACGCGUCGAUCUCUUAUUCAAUCAAACGACGAAUAUCACUUUUGAGAAAGAUAAAUAAGUAUAUAUAUAUAUAUAUAUAUAUUGAUAGAGGAAGGAUAGAGAUAUAUAGAUGGAAGGGUGAGACCACGAAGAAGGAUAGAGGAUAAAGAAAGUCCGUUUGACAUGAGGAUUGUCUCGAGGAAGUAACCCCCUUGUUAAUUAAUCAAACGGUUAAUUAAUCGAAGCGAGACAUAGACGGACAAAUGCUCACCGUGGAUAGUAGUAUCGCGUAGUGAAGAGAGGAGAAGCCGGGUGGACGAGAGAAAGAGGGUUGGACGUGCGAGGGCAGCCCAGGAGGGAGAAAGAGGAAGAGAAAGAGAGAAGGAGAGAGAGAGAGAGAGAAGGAAGAGAAAGAAAGAGAGAAAGAGAGAACACAGGAUGCGGGGGCACAGGAAGAGGGCGCCAAGCCCCGUCGAUUUCUCUUCUUCUUCUUCUUCAUAGGGGAUCUUCUGCUUCGCCUCUUCGACGUCUUGUGUAACGGCGGAGCUGAAUACAACGAGUCGAGGACGACGAGGAAGAAAAGGAGUCUCCUUACCGAAACGAGCACUGCCGUUUGUUCUCCGACAUGGCGGACGAAAAGGAGAAGCAGACGUUCCUGCAGAAAUUGCUGUUCUACACGACCGCGUUCUUCAUCCUCCUCAGCACCUUCAGCCUCUUCGCCUUCCUCUUCUUGGUCCCCUUCGUCAUCGACCCCGCCUUCACCACCAUCUUCAUGCAGUUCGACACUCGGCCCGCCGAGUGUGUCACCAUCGACGUUGAGUCCAGGAGAGGUACGAGCAACUGCUCAUGGACAUCCUGUAGAGAGGGUUGCACCAAGGAGUUGUAUGAUUGCACGCAAAUACGUGUCAACUACAAGCUACCAAUUAAUACAUCCUCCGAGGAUGAGGCUGGACCAGUUGAGGGAGGCAGAGCGGUAGGAGGUGUCGAGGACGACGAAGAAAGUAUGAGGUUAAAGAAACCGCGUUAUGAGCGGGCCCUCAGAGACUACGAUUACAUCGAAGAUCUCGACGACGAAGAUUUCGCCGAGGACGACGAUGCAGGACUGCCGAAACCCUUCCCUACAGGUCUCAUGGGCAACGACUCCGAGUGGUACUUCACUGGGGCCAAGCUGUUCCCGAACGUAAAAGGCUGUGGAUACCCUCCAGUGCUGAAUUGCAGUAUUUUCUACCAGCAGUAUGCCAACAUAGGGCAUAACUUUAGCUGUUACUACUCCAAAGUGGAUCCCGGAAUAGUCAUCAGCGAACUCGACAUGUGGCAGGUGUAUAUGAACCUGGUGUACGCGAUGGCAAUUCCGAUACCGUCUUUCAUAAUCUCGGUGAUAUACCUCACCAUCGCCUACUUCAAGAUCUACAACGAAGACGAGGAGGCCCUCGUUGGCGGGGAGGAAGGAGAGGAGGGCGCCGAGGGCGAUGGAAGCAACGGUACGCCUCUGCCGCCCACGAGCGGUGCCCUUACGCCUGGAAGCGAAGCUUUUAGGGAGGACCUGGCGAGUUUCGGUCAUCAGCUCAAGGUCGCGAUGGCUGAUGACAUCAGUAGGGAGAGCCUCGAUGGCAUACCCAACUCGCUCUCGGUUCAGGGCAACUUGAGCAAAACGAUGACGACGAGUAUCUCAACUCCCCCUGGGCCGACGGCAGCAGUCUGAAGCGUCAUUUCCACGGUAUGAACAACAUCUCGUGGAGACCGCACUAAAAGCUACCUUCUCUCGUAUCUACCGAAAGGAAGUACGUAUAUGAAGGAAGAGAAAGAAAGAGAAAUAGAAAUAAAGAGAAAGAGAUAGAGAGAACGAGAGAAAGAUGAACAAGUUUCGAUGAUGCUUUGGUGUUAUAUUUGAAACGUUGCUAACCGUGAAGAGCCAAAAUUCUUUUGCCGAUUCGAACACAGCUUCGCGCGUCGUCCUUUUUAUGGAGUGAACCAGAGGUAAAUAGGAGAUGGAAAAUAAAAAGGAAAGAGGGAGAGUGAAAGAAAGAGAUAGAGAGAGAGAGAGGGAGAGGAGUGUAGAAGAUAAAGAAUAAAAGAGAGGGAAUGUGAACGACACGGCCGUCCCUCCACACCUCGAAUAUAAUAAUAUAUAUUCUAUACACAUAUAUUAUAUAUAGAAAUACGUAAUUGAUUUUUUCGCUUCGUCGUGUACUUACAUGCCGAUAGGUCGAUGACGAUAAGAAAGAAUGAAAGGUUAAAGAAUACGAGAAAGAAUUUAAAAAAAUAUAUAUAUAGUCGACCAUCGGUGUUUCGCGCAAAAAAGCGCGGAAUAAGAUUAACCCAAAGAUUAUAAAUCUCUGCCCGUAUGUGCAAUGCAGCAAUUGAUCCUCCUUAAAAAAAGAAAAAAAUAAAAAAAAGAAUAAAAAAAAAUGAAAAAAAGAACGAAAAAAAAGAAAAAAAAAGGUUUACGCUAACUUUAUCGACAGAGAUAAACGAUAUUUUGUGACACAGACAUUUUUCUACUCGAUGAUCGCCAGGAAAUGUAAAUCGCCGCUUCCCUUCCUCUUGCCUCGCUCCAAUCUUUUGCGUGAAACGGUGAAAAUACAAAGAAAAAAGAGAAAAAAAGGAAAACGAAAGAAAAUAACGCUAAUAAUAAUAAUAAUAAUAAUAAUAAUAAUAAUAAUAAUAAUAAUAAUAAUAAAACGUGGGAAGAAUAGAACGAUUCUCGAAACGACGUAAAUUCGUCCGAGCGAUUUUUAUCGUCAUCGUCGUUCUCGUAUUUAUCAUUCGCUUUUUUCUUUUUUCUUUUAAUAUAUGAGUAUAUAUAUAUUUCCGCGGCAUUUUGCUAAAACGAAUGGUCGCGCACGCGAGCUUUUUAAUGAUGAUUUUAUAUUUGCUUCCAUUUCCUUUUCUUUUCCUUUUUUUUUUUAGAGGGAUCGACGAGGAAGUAUCCGGUGUUGUUCGAUAAGUAUAAAAUGUGGAUAAUGAGGUCGUGAUCGUGAAUUGAUCGAUAAAAUUUGCCAAAGAACUGAAGAAAAAAAACGAAAAAUUCGAUUCGAAAACACAUUCUUUAUUAAUCGAUUCGAUUUUUCGAGUUUUGAAGAAGAAAAAAAAGAAGAAGAAAAUAAGAAAGAAUAAUUUUUAACGCGCCGGAUCUCGCGUUAAGGUCCUCAUCAUCAUCUUGUGCCGUUCCUUUCGAAUCUGUCCUACGUGCUCGACCAACUUUUCUCGAUUAAUUAGAUAAUCGAACUCUCUCGGCUUACUAGCAUGUCGGCCGAUAAUUAUUAAAACUUAUAAAAAUAAACGAGUAUACAAAGAGAUUCCCUCUGGUUCACUCGACCACACCGAACGGGUAUAUCUGAGGUAAUAAUAAUAAUAAUAAUAAUAAUAAUAAUAAUAAUAAUAAUAAUAAUAAUAAUAAUAAUAAUAAUAAUAAUAAUAUAAAUAAUAAUAGUAAUAAUAAAAUAAUAAUUAUAAAAAAGUGAAGAUAAAUCCGUUUAAACAAAUAAAGAAGGAAAGAAAAGAAAAAAAGAAUGAAAAGGAGCGGGCAAAAAAAAAGGAAAAUGGUUUCGAUUUGCAAACGCGUUUUAUUCGUAAAUAAUCUUUCAAUGUCACGUUAUUUACGAGCUACGAGUAAAAAAUGAAUGAGAGAAUAGAAAGAAAUAUAAAAGGAAAAAAGAAAAAAGAAACGAAAAUAGAAAGGGAGAAAGAUGUCAGUUGAUAAGUAUUUAAAUAUCGUUAAAGUUACAAAAUAUUAACUAAGUAAUUCGCUUGCUGUGUGAUCAUAAACGCAUCCAAUCACUGUGCAUUUUAGUAGAGACACACAAUCGAUACACUUUUAUCGAAUUACCUGCGAAAGAAUUUGCUCUCGCGUCUUUCUACACACAUACAUACAUACAUAUUAUAUAGACAUAUACAUACACACACAGAAAAAUACGAUUACGCGUAUGAAAAAUUAAACAGACACACACAAACACACAUCCACACAAGUUUACACGUACCUUUCUUAAGGCGAAAAAUGAUUAUGCCCGGGGUUAUUACUUUGUAAUAACGUGCCCGAAUUUUCACACUUUUCACUGCGAACGAAGUUCGUGAUCUGUGUACAUUUUCUGGGAAAGAAGAAAGAAAUACAGUGAAAUCAAUUCAAAGAAAUCGUUUAAAGGGAAAAGAAGAAAAGAAAAAAGAAGAAAAACGUUCUUAUUUUCCAAGAGAUUAUGAAAAGAAAGACAAAAAAAUAAAUUUAUUAAGACCGAUCUUUUAUCUGAACUCAUAAGAAAAGUUGGUAAAAAGAGAAAAAAAAGAAAAUCUUAAAAUAUAUCUUCAUAAUCAUCAUCGUUGUUUGUUUAAAGAACAAAACAACAAAAAAUAUAAUAAGAAUAAAAAGAAGAAGAUGAAGAAGAAGAAAAAGAAAAAAAAAGAAAUCUAAAGACUAUGCUCGUAACUGCUGCGUUCAUUCUCGUAUACCGUAUGUAGAUUCGAAAAACUCUUAGAGGUACCUGUAUUCGUGCGGUGAGAAGUAAAAAACUAAAGGAAAAAAGAAAAAAAUAAAAAAAAAAUAAAAUAAAAUAAAAUAAAAUAAUAAUAAUAAAAAUAAAACAUAAUGAAAAUAUACUUGAAAAAACAAAACGAACACAGAGAAGGAAAAAGUGAACGAAAGAAAAUGUGGAGGAAGAAGAAAAAUAAAAAGAUACAAGAAAAAAGAUACAAGAAGGAAGCACUUAUACGUAAGAUAUAAUUCUCCCUAGUCAUUUAUAAGUAUAUUAAAUAUAUAACAAAUUAACGCAAGUGGCGCAAUAGAAAUGCAUAUACUUUGAUCGAUCGAAGUUGGCCGAGUUUUUAUUUCGAUUUAAAAUAUAUAUAUAUAUAUAUAUAUAUAUAUAUAUAUAUAUAUAUAUAUACAUAUAUUAUAUAUACAUUAUAUAUAUUACAUAUAUACAUAUAUAAUGUACUAUAUAAUGUAUUUGUAUAAGUAUAUUAUAUAUAUAUAUACAUACUGAGUAUCGGACAAAGAAAGACAGGGCCAUCGAAAUUUCGUCCGUAUAUUCGUCGUUCGAUCGACAUGCACGCGUAUGUAUAUAGUUGACGCAUUUAUGUCAACCGGAAGUAUCGACCAAACGAGUCGACUGUGCAAAUAUCAGCUCGUUACUUCCGUCGAAAUCAUUCGGAGUUUUUAUCGAUCUCGAUUCCUACACGAGCUCGGUUGUUGAAUUUCUUAUUUUAUAUAUAUAUAUAGAUAUAUACACACAUUUUUUUUCUUUUUACUUAAAUUGAUUUUUUUUAAUCAUUCAAUGCAUCACGAACAUUCCUAAAAGGAAAACGAAGCAUCUUGAUUGCGCCACGCGCGUACACCAUAUGCGUUGAUAACUUAUGGAAAGAAAUAAUUGAAUUGUUUUUAUGGAUUAAGAACAAGUUGUCUGUGAUCUACAAUAAUUAAAAGAAUAUUUAAUAAGUAUUAACGGAUAAUGGAGUUAAUUGAAGCGUUGGUGACACCGAAAACAAAAUAAAAGAAGAAAGAUUCUAGAUAAGAGAGAAGAAAAUGAUGUGAAACGAUUGUGAGAGAGAGAGAGAGAGAGAGAGAGAGAGAGAGAGAGAGAGAGAGAGAGAGAGAGACAGAGGGAGGGAGGGGGAAAGAGGGAAAGAAUAAAAAAGGAAAAAAGAAAAAAUGUCUCCCUGUGGCAAGGGUAGAGCAAUACGAUGAUAUAAAGAAAAUAAAAUUGCAUUAACGAAGUCACUGCAAAGGAAUUCUAGAUGAGAUAUAUUAUACAUGAUAUUUAAUAGAGAUUUACGAUGAAAAGCACGCAACUUCAAAAAUGAAAAAAAAAGAUAAAUAAAUAAAUAAAUAAAAAGGAGAAGAAAAAAAGAAAAAAAAACAUGUAAUUGCUGUUGUUAAAAAAAAUUGUACUAAAUAAUGCGCGAUAUGAAGAGAAAAAAUACACAAAUAAAAAAAAAUAAAAAAGAACGCGAUUUAAACGAUUGAGAAGUGCGUGCUAAAUAAAGAAAAGAAAUAAUAC